GACCCUUCACCCCACUAGUCAACUCACACCUACCAAAAUGCCCAACAUCCUAAUCCUCGGCGGAACCGGCUACCUCGGCCAGGCCGUAAGCCAAGCCCUGCUCCGAUCCGGCAACCACUCCGUGUGGGGCACCGUCCGGCCCGGCUCCACCUCCCAGUCCAAAGCCAGAACCCUCUCCCUCAACGAAAUCACCCCUGUCAUCGGCGACGCCACUGACCCGGCUUGGCUGGCCAAAACAAUCGCCGACCACCGCAUCGAUGUUGUCAUUGACAUCACCCAGGCCUAUGACAAGGCGGGUGUUAUUCUUGAUGCCGUCAUCUCCGCGGCCAGGAACCGUGCGGAGGUUCUUGCGAAAGAGCAGGCGGUUGGACCGAAGUUGGGGUAUAUUUACACAUCCGGGUCGUGGGUGCAUGGCUCACCGGGGUUGGGGGUUGGGAGAAAGGUUGGGGAUUUGACUGUCCCCGGGACGUCACUUGCCCCGGCGAAACCGGCUACCGCGGUCGCCUGGCGGCCGGCGCAUGAGCAGGCUGUGCUUGCGGCGCGGGAGGUGCUGGAUGUGGCGGUUGUGAGGCCGGGAGCGAUAUAUGGGCGCGCGUCGUGGGUGUGGGGGACUUUUUGGAGCCCUCUGCUUGCGGCAAGCAAAGAUGCGGACAACAAUGCGAAUGAGGUGCAGAUACCUGCUGACGCCGGAGCAAGGAUUGGCACGGUGCAUGUGGACGAUUUGGCGGAGGCGUAUGUGCGCGUGGUGGAUAGGGUGCAUGGCCUGCUUGGUUCGUGGCCUGUGUUUGAUGUCACGAGCGAGGUCUUGCUGGUGCCGGAUAUAGUGCAGGCUGCGGCGAAGGUGCUGGGGGUGGAGAAGAAGAGGAUUGUGUAUGCGGGUACGGGGGGCAAUCCGUUCCUUGAGGCGCUGAGUUUGGUGGUUAAUACCGACUCGGCUAGGGCGAGGUGUGUGCUGGGGUGGGAGGCGAAGAGGAGGGGGUUUGUACUGAAUUUGGGAGUGUUUGUGGAGGCGUGGCGGGCGGCUCAGGCUCAGGGGGAGUAG